CAUAUCGUUUUACAUGGUAUCAGUUUAGGUUACGAUGUCUUCCGCUGCAUACACCGCCGCUGCCGCCGCCGCCACCGCCGUGGCUCCAGCUGCCGCCACCGCGGCGCCAGCUCCUGUCUCGCCUUUCCUCGCCUCCCGUCCGCUGGCAACGGUGUGGCAGGCCCAGUCCCCCGGGUCCGUCUCUUCUGGCUCCCCGAUCAGAUCUGAAGGGAUGGGCGAUCUGCCUCCAUCGAUCGGUGGCUCGACCAACUACGUCGUGCCGUCGUCCUACGGUGGCGCCGCGUACGCUGCCCCGUCCAUGUACGGGCCCCCGGCUGCACCAAUCCAUCCGUCUGGGUAUGCUGCCUCGCCCAUGUACAGGCCCCCGGCUGCAUCGCUCCAAGGCGUACUGCCUCCACAAGCUGCUCCUGUGAUGACCCAUGGUGUGGCGCCGCUCCAGGACGUACUUCCCCAACCGGCUCCAGCGGCGAGCUAUGGUGCAGCGCCGCCGCCAUCAUCCACGUGGCGUGCGCCUUCCUACGGCACGGUGCAACCGCAACCCUAUACGGCGCCCGCGCAGCCGAUGUCCUACGGCGCUGCGUCUACCACGCCCCAUGGGGGGCCUGCCGCACCUCACUACGGUGCACAUACUGCUGCUCCGCCUGGCGCCUACCCGUCGCUGAAGUAUGAUGGUGUCGUGCCCGCGUCGCAUCCGUCCAUUCAUGUGGAUCCUGCCGUGGCGUCGUCGCCCUUCUACUUCUCGCAUCUACUUCCGGUGAAGCUCUCGCGGGACAAAUAUUUGUCGUGGCGUGCUCAAGUGCUGCCUCUCCUUCGAAGCCGCUACUUGGAGGGAUACGUGGAUGGAUCCCUCCCGUGCCCGCCGCCGUAUCAUCCGGCGUAUCACACGUGGGUGGCUCAGGAUCAGGCCAUCCUCUCCGCCAUCCAGUCAUCGCUCACUCCGAGCGUCUCGUCACUGGUUAUCUUCACCGCCACGUCUCGCGAUGCAUGGGCGGCGCUACACACCAGCUUCGCCUCUCAGUCUCAGGCGCGUGCUCAUUCUAUACGCACCGAGUUGGGCGAGACUAAGCUCCGCGACCUCAGCAUCACGGACUACUUCAACAAGAUGACCGGCUUCGCUGACACACUGGCCUCGAUCGGUCAGCCGCUUCUUCCCGAGGACUUCACCACCCAUGUCCUUAAUGGACUUGAUGACGACUAUGAUAAUCUCGUUGAGAGUGUUCAUGGUCGCGACGCUCCACUUCAGCCUCGUGAGCUCUAUGCGCGCCUUCUCGGUCGCGAACAGCGCAUCAAGGCGCGCCGUGCCUCCCCGAGUUUCGCCUCUGCGAACACCGCAACCCGCCGUAAACCGCAGAAGCCGUUCUCGCCGGGUGGCAAGCAGGCAUCCUCGCCGCAGUAGGCUUCGCGAUCUGCUCCGCCGCCGUCCAUCACUGGUGGUGGCCGUCCACACGCCUGUUGCCCAUGCUGUGGGGCCCCGCAGGCCUGCCAGCUUUGUGGCCUCGAGCGUCACAUCGCCUCUCGCUGUCAUCGCCGCUACAAGAAGGACUUCCUUGGCCUUGGCAACAACGGCAAAGGGAAUGAGAAGCAGGCGGCUGCUGCAGUGGCAAGUCAUGAGCACGGGCACACCCCAUCCUACUCCAUUGAUCCGACGUGGCACAUGGACACGGGGGCUACCAACCACCUGACGAGCGAGAUGGGGAAACUCUCCACUCAGGAGCCAUAUCGCGGUCAUGAUUAGGUCCACACUGCCAGUGGAGCAGGAUCGGGACACGAGGGACGUUCUUCUUAGCGGGCGUCUGCGCCAUGGUCUGUAUGCGCUUGAUGCACCGCACCCACUUCCUGCGCAGAGUCCUCCCCAGGCCUUCAGUGGUGUUCGUGUGUCGCCUACGCACUGGCAUGCGCGCCUUGGUCAUCCUGCUGCUCUGAUAGUUCGUCAUGUUCUGCAUCGUCAUGAGCUUCCAGUUGUGUCAAAUAAAAUUGCUGAAACUAUCUGUGAUGCCUGUCAGCAAGGCAAGAGUCAUCAACUUCCGUUUUUAGAGUCAAGUCGUGUUGUUCAACACCCUCUUGAGCUUGAUUUUUCUGAUGUGUGGGGUCAUGCCCAAACGUCUA